UCCUGGAUUUUCUGGUCAAUUUUGUGAAGAUAAUAUAAAUGAAUGUACUUCAUUACCAUGUCUACAUGAGGCAAUCUGUGAAGAUCUUAUCAAUGGAUACAUUUGCAAAUGUCAACAAGGAUGGUCUGGACGUCACUGUGAGAAGGAACUUGAGUACAUUCCCCACUCAUGUACUCUCAGGAUGUGCAUGGAAAAUGAACCUGGCACCACUUGUAUCUGCAUACCUGGAUCUGUGAGUUGCUCCACUGCACUUCCUUGUGGUGAUGAAAUAAGCAGCAUCACCAGUUCACCUCUCAUCUCUCCAAGCAUCUCUCCAACCAUUUUUACACAAAUAUAUACAGUGCCUCCUUCUGAAAUGUUGUUCAGUAUCUUACCAUCUACAAGGGCUACAAAAAUAUGGACCAUAAUGAAUACUUAUCCAGGCAAUGAAGCUCCGAAACACAGAGAUAUUUUCAAGCAUGAUGUUCCUGCAACCACUGGUUUGGCAGCAUUAAGUAUUGGCAUAGCUUUUGAAAGCUACUUACUCAAAGAACUGAUUUCCACUAGAGAGCUUUCAGCAAAACAGAGUCUUCUUUCUUCCACAGAUGUUUCCUCUUCUCAGUUUCUGAAUUUUGGUGUUCAUGAUCCAGCACAAAUUGUCCAGGGCAAAACAUCUGCAUCACAUAUGCCUAUCCAAACUUCAGCAGCUACACAAGCAUUCUUUCUUUCUCCUCAGGGAUCAAGGACCCCAUUUAUCAUCUCUUCCUUAAUGACAGAUUUUAUUUUUCCCACAUCAUCUUCAUUAUUUGAGGACUAUCACACUGUUGCCUUUUCUGCUGCCACAAUGAGUUCAGUAAUUAGCAGCAUUCCAGGAGCUGAUAUUAAGUUAAACAGGCUCUCAUUACUCUCCCAUGGAUUCCUGCUCACAACUGCUUCCACAAGUGCACCUCCAAUUGUCUCUAGGAGGGCUCAAGAGGAUAUUGAAGAAUAUUCAGCUGUUUCCUUAAUUUCAAGAAGAAAGCACUGGAGAUUGCUGAGCCCCUCAAUGUCUCCCAUUUUUCCUGCUAAGAUAAUUAUAUCCAAACAGGUAGCCAUCUUAAACUCAUCAACUCUCUACCAAUUUAGAACGCAAACUCCCAUUCCCAGUGAAUAUCGGGUUAUUACUGAAGAAUCUAGCAACCAGAGACUCACAAACAUCAAAUCACAGGCUGCUGAUUCUUUAAGUGAAUUAAGCCAAACAUGUGCAACAUGUUCUAUGACUGAAAUAAAAUCCUCUCAUGAAUUCUCAGAUCAGGUUUUGCAUAGUAAACAGUCCCAAUUUUAUGAGACAUUCUGGAUGAACUCAGCGAUAUUAGCCAGCUGGUAUGCACUAAUGGGAACUCAAACUAUCACUUCUGGGCAUUCGUUUUCUCCUCAUACUGAAAUAAUACCAUCAGUGGCAUUCACAGAACUGUCAUCUUUGUUUCCAUCUAAAAAGAGUGCAAAAAGAACAAUUUUAUUUUCAUCCUUGGAAGAAUCCAUUACCCUAUCAAGUAAUUUAGAUGUUAAUUUAUGUUCAAAUGAGACUUGUUUAUCCAUUGUAUCUUCCCAAACUGUGUAUUCAGACUUGAUGUAUUCUGAUUUGACUUCAAAACUGACUACUGAUGAUCUGUCAGUAUCAGAAGACAUUCUUAAACUAUCAAGAUUAGGAAAAUACAGUGUAACUAUGAGUCCCACCGAAGCACUAAAUCAAGACAAUUUAUUGGACAUGAAAGAGGGUGAAGUGUCUUAUCAACUGUUCAAACUUCACACAAGUGUUACCUCUCUAGAUUUUGAAUUAAACUUACAAAAAUAUUCAGAUGUAACUUUCAAGAUGUAUUCAGAAACCACACAUUCAAAUGACCUCAAAAACAAUCAACCACUAUAUGCAGACUCACUAUCUUACUUUGCAGAAGUAACUCCUAGUGUUGGGUUUUAUACGGCGACAGCAACUCAACCUCUUCCAAUACAGACCUCUUUACCCAUGUCUCUAAUUAGACCAGAUUGGCCAUAUUAUGUGGAUUACCUGACCUUAACACCUGAUUUAAAGGAAAAGAUCAGGACUUCUUCAGAAUGGUCAAAAUGGGAACUUCAUCCUAGUGUGCAUGACCAAGAAUCUCCUGCUGCAGGUCAGAUUCUUUCCAUCACUAGAUCACUUACUUCACCAUCACUGGAGUCCUUCCCAGUGACUCAACAACUGAUGAUUUCUGGUGAGUUUCUCAGUUUCUGUUCAGUAAACUUAAAAAUUAGUUUCUUUUCUAAAGAAAAGAAAGCAUGUCAUGGUCACCAGGUGCUCUAAACAGCUUCAUUGUGAUCAGGGCAGCAGCCAGUUCAAUGGAGAUGGCACCUGCUGCUGUACCCAACACAGAUGGUUAUUCUUUAUGCACUGCCACAAAGGCUACCAGAUCAAUACAGAAGUUUGUGGGAGAUGGCUAGACUGCUGGCAAGCAAUCAGAAAGUGAACUAGUUCAAUUCAUUACAACAGAGCUUUCAAAGUUUUGGAAUAACUUUUAUUAUUCUCAUUUCUUGAAAUAGCUUCUUUGUAGACGGAACACAAUAUAACAUACUUUUCUAACAUUAUCCUUGGGACUGGUUAUUUUUAAUGAGAAAAAAAAAACAAGUGAACUUC